UUGUCAUUUUGUGAUGGCGGCGCUUGGGGAGUUACGCUAUUGUUCUUUAACAUAGGACGCGGUGUUUUCUUAGUUCUGAACUUAGGAUUUUUGUUUGUUUUGAAUUAUUUUAAGUGAUAUUUAAAUAUGUGGAAUCGUGAGAACCAUUUGAAACAACCGCAAAUCCAUGCGUUUAUUGUCUGGUGGUAUCAAUAUAAUCAAUGUUGUGUUUCUAAAUAAAAAUAUACCUACAUACUUAUUAGAACCUUAUUAAUCGGAUAAAGUUUGCAUAUAAAUAAGUACUUCAAAUAUUAAACAGUUUUAAGAAGUGAAUAACAUCAGCAGUAUUCACGCCGUUCUCGUGUACCUAGUUGAACAGGCAACAUGAAUGAUGUUCGUGACAAAGUUGUCCCUGGAACUUCAACAUGGGAGAGUAAUGCAACUCAGAGUGACUCAUCACCAGAACUGCAGUCGUCUCCAAGUACUGGUGGUGAGACACCCCAGACGCCAGGAGCACCAGUUCCUCUGGCCCCACACCUAGCAGCUGAAUUACAUCCAGAUCUUUUACAACAAGGCUGGAGGAAAUAUUGGUCUAAAAGAGAAAAUAGACCUUAUUUCUGGAACAAGCUGUCCGGUGAAUCUAUGUGGGAACUUCCUGCAGUAAAGAGAGAUUUUGAUCCAAUAACAGAUCCACUAGGCAUCUGUCACACCGGCCCAUCAAAUGCAGGUAACAUGACUCCUGGUGCUAACAAACGUCGUCCAUCUGAAGAUAAUGGACCGCCACCAAAGAAAUUUGUUUUAGCUGGACCUUGGGAUAUUGAGGUGCCAACUAAUGUGGUAAUAUAUGAGAGACCUCCAACUAUUUGUCCACAUCCCCACCCAGAAAUAGAAGGAUUUAGAUUCACCUUGGCCAAUAAGUUAAGACAAUGCUACCAAGAGCUAUGCCAUACAAGAGAAGGCAUUGAUGCUCCUAAAGAUUCAUUCAAUAGAUGGCUAAUGGAAAGGAAGGUCAAUGAUCAGGGUGGUUCAGACCCCCUUCUUCCUAGUCAUUGUUUCCCAGAAAUAUCACAUUCAAUGUAUGAGGAAAUUAUGAAUGACAUUCCAAUUAAACUCACACAUCCAAAGUUUACUGGCGAUGCCAGGAAACAAUUAUCAAGGUAUGCAGAAGCAGCAAAGAAAAUGAUUGAAUCACGAAAUGCAUCACCUGAAAGUCGUAAGGUGGUGAAAUGGAAUGCUGAAGAUACAUUUCAGUGGUUGAGGCGAACUGUUGGAGCAACAUAUGAUGAUUUUCAAGAUAGAUUAGCACAUUUGCGGAGACAGUGUCAACCGCAUUUGGCUGAAACUGUAAAAGCAUCAGUUGAAGGAAUUUGCUUGAAAAUUUAUCAUUUGUCUGCUGAAUAUGCUCGUAAAAUAAGAGAGAAACAUAGUGCAUUACUUAAAGAGAAUGGAAUACAGGAACUUCAAGCUCCACUGCAACAAGCAGCUCUGCGUAAGGUGUGGUGUUAUCCGGUGCAGUUCGCAGUGCCGGCCCCACGGCCUCCGCUCGUAGAACAUUUCCUCGACCGUGAUCAGACACUAUUACGCUAUCUUGGUGAAACCCAGGUCCUCAAUGCUGUUUAUUUACAGAAACUGGAAUGCCUAUACCGGUACAGUUGCUUCGACGACAAGAAGUUCGAGCAGUUCUUGUCCCGCGUGUGGUGCCUGCUGCGUCGGUACGCGGCGUGGGUGGGCGCGGGCGGGGAUGCGCAGCUGACGCAGAUGUCGCUGCCCGUGCCGGUGCUCGAGUGUCUGCAUCGGUGCUUCGGCGUCACCUUCGAGUGCUUCGCUAGUCCGCUGGAUUGCUACUUCAGGCAAUAUUGUUCUGCAUUUGCCGACACUGACACAUAUUUUGGAUCUCGGGGGCCCUUUUUGGAACUGCGUCCCGUGUCCGGUUCAAUGGUAGCACAUCCACCUUAUUGUGAGGAACUACUAGAAGCGGCCUUGCGACAUAUGGAGAGGCUAUUGCAAGAUUCCGCCGAGCCGCUGAGCUUCGUCGUCAUUUUGCCAGAGUGGCCAGAUAGGCAAACACACGCAUUACACAAACUUCAAGCCAGCCACUUCAAAAGAAAACAGGUGGUUAUUCCAGCCUUUGAGCACGAGUACCGCCACGGAUUUCAACAUGUCCUUACCAAGAACGAGGUGUACUUCAGAUGGGGCAGCGGCACGGUGGUGGUGUGGCUGCAGAACGCGGCGGGGUUCGCGCGCUGGGGGCCCACGGAGGACCGCGUGGAGGCGCUGCUGGACGCGUGGCGGCCGCGCGCCAAGCUGAGGGAUGCGCCGCCCGCCGCGCCGCAGCCCGAGCCCGAGCCCACGCCGCCGCCCACGCCAGACAAGCGCUAAAUCUACUAGUAAAUAUUUACCUGUACAUAUUUAUACAUAUGCUCUUAGAUGUAUAUUAAUUAACGAUACGAUUGGUAUCAUUUUAUUUUAAAUCACAUUUCUCUGUUGUAUAGUUCGAUAAAGUUUAUUAUGUUUUGAUUGUUUAUUAUAUUUUCUGAAAAAAAAAAACUGUACUUUCCUUUCGCGAUUUGUCGUCGCCACUUAGUUUCUAAAGAUAGAUUCAAAGGGUAAAAAGAAUAACAUAAAAGGGUUGUUUUUAAUUCUUAAUAUCUCUAAUGUGUUGCAAAUAAAAUAUUGUAGUAUUGCAUUAUUCGAUACAAAGGACAUAGUAGUGGUUUUCAGCUUACUCACGUUAUUAUUUGACGAGGAACUCGACUAGCGGCGCGACAGUCGCCGCGUCCGGUUGGA